GGCAAACAUGGCGGGCCCACUGUGGCGGCAAUGCCAGAGGUGGACCGUCGGUCGCGCCGCUGCGACUGUCCGAGAAGCUCAGUGGCACUUCUUCAGUUUCGAGCCCGCGUCCGCCGGGCGGACGCCCUCGAACUCGUGGCGGGGUGACGAGGCACCACCAUCGUUUCAAUUAAACCAGAAUUUCCAUCAGAGGUCCACAACGUUAUCUCUUGCCAGACACAAGUAUCCAGCGUGUUCCUGUAGGAAGAUUCACAGCGAUGCCAAACCCAAAGACCCCUUCACCCUUGCUCAGAAAGACUUGAUGAGCCUAUACGAUGACAUCAAAAAGGAGCUGUUUGUGUCUAAAGAAGAGCUCAAGUCUUUAUGUGAUUAUUACUUUGACGGGAAGGGCAAAGCCAUUCGGCCAAUGAUCGUCAUCCUGAUGGCCCGCGCCCUCAACAUCCACAGCAACGGGGCAGGAGACUUACUUCCCGGCCAGCGUGCCGUGGCCAUGAUCUCAGAAAUGAUCCACACGGCCAGCCUGGUGCACGAUGAUGUGAUCGACGGCUCGGACAAGCGGCGAGGGAAGAGGACCAUCAACGACCUGUGGGGCGAAAGGAAGGCCAUCUUAGCAGGAGACUUCAUUCUGUCAACUGCCUCAAUGGCCCUGGCUCGCAUCGGCAACAUCACCGUGGUUAAAGUGUUGGCGCAGGUCAUUGAGGACCUAGUCAGAGGCGAAUUCAUGCAGCUGGGCUCAAAAGAGAACGAAAGCGAGCGCUUCAAGCACUACCUGGAGAAAACCUUCAAGAAGACGGCCAGCCUCAUCGCCAACAGUUGCAAAGCAGUAUGUACGUUCUGUCUGCACCACACCCGUGAGCGCACGCACAGACCCCUCCUUUUCAUUCUCUUCUUUUUGUCACAGGUGUCCAUUCUGGUCAAUGCGGACCCUGACGUUCACGAGAUCGCUUACCAGUACGGAAGGAAUGUUGGCAUCGCCUUUCAGCUGGUGGAUGACGUGCUGGACUUCACGGCGGGAGCCAGUCAGUUGGGCAAACCGUCGGCCGCCGAUCUCAAGUUGGGCUUGGCCACGGGACCCGUUUUAUUCGCUUGUCAGCAGUUUCCGGAGUUGCACGCCAUGAUCAUGAGACGCUUCAGCUCCAAAGGGGACGUCGACCGAGCCUGGCAGUACGUCGUGCAGAGUGAUGGCGUGCAGCAGACCAACUUCCUCGCCCGGCGUUACUGCCAAGAAGCCAUCAGGCACAUCAGCAGGUUGCGGCCGUCGGCUGAGAGGGACGCCCUCAUCGCGCUCACUCACAUGGUGCUUGCUAGGGACAAGUAACGGACACCCCCCAGACAUGAGAAACCCCAUCAAUGACGUCUGUUUCUACCUCGACACAAAGAGCGAGUCGCAUCAUGUUUGACAGCUACACACUAUUUAGGCAGUUUAUUAGGUACCUUUAUGUACAGUGUUGUAUAUAACUUGCAUAAUUAUUGCUGAGAUACCUAACAAACUCGCAACUGUACAAAGCCCCACACAUGUAAAUGUGGCCACAGUAUGUUUGGUGUGCAUAUUAUAGCUAUUUUCUGUGUUCAUAAUUUUAAAAAAAUCAUGUUUGGGGCUCUGUAUGAGUGUGUUGUGGAGGUUUUUUUUUUUUAAUGCUCUGCAUGGAAGUGAAGCACUGAGCAAAGUAUGUCACUACGUACUGUACUAUGUAGUCAUUCCUUCUCCGGAUCCGUCCGUACUUGAAAUCUUACUGAAGGGUGACAAGUGUCCCAAGUGUAACAAAUCAUGGCCUUAACAUCUGCAACCACUGCUCAAUAAAAACAUUUAGUUUUUUUUAUUUUAUUGCAAAA